CAUAAAUCACCACGUAGCAAUUCCUCCUUCGCUAUCCCUCGCAUCUGUUCAGUUCACCAUGUUUAACCAUUCUGCGCUCCAUUAUUAUUUUCUCCUCUUCUUCACGUGCACGUGCUUAGCACGACAGCAAUGCCAGUUCAAGCAGGAGUGCCAACUCGAUACCAUCCAUGCACUGAAACCUGACAACCUCAUCGAAUCCCAAGGUGGUGUCACAGAGACAUGGAACGCUAGCCACCCUGAGCUAUGUUGCGCUGGCGUCGCCUUUAUCAAGCGCACCAUCAACCCCAAUGGCCUUCACUUGCCAUCCUACGUUAAUUACCCCGAACUCCAUUUCGUACUCCAAGGUGAGGGAGUGUUGGGAAUUGUAAUUCCUGGUUGUGACGAAACUUUUGAAGAGCCACAACGGGAGAGGGAACAUGAUCGCCACCAGAAGGUUCGUUACCUGAAGCAGGGUGACAUAUUCGCAGUUCCACCUGGAAUUCCUUACUGGACCUACAACUACGCCAAUGUUUCUCUUGUUGUAAUUACCCUCCUUGACACUGCCAAUUUCGAAAACCAGCUUGAUCGUGUCCCCAGAAGAUUCUAUCUUGCUGGGAACCCAAAAGAAGAGCACCCUUGUGGACGCAAGCAAGAAGAAGGUAACAAUAUAAACAUGUUCGGUGGUUUCGACCCGCGGUUCUUAGCAGAAGCAUCGAACGUGAAGGUGGGGAUAACAAAGAAGCUUCAGUCACACAUAGGUGACCAAAUCAUAAAAGUGGAAAAAGGUCUUAGCAUUAUCAGGCCACCCUUGGAACACGAAGUUAGAGAAGCAGAAGUAGAAGAAAAACCCAAGACCCGAGAACACUGUGAAUGCCAAAAAGAAAGAAAACACAAAGAAGGAGAAGGAGAGGAAGAGGUGGUACAAGAGAAAGAAAUAAGAAAGCGCAAGCACCACAUAGGAGAACACGAGGGAUGUGGUGAAUGCGAAAAUAAAGAAGAGGAAGAGCAAAGUAGAAGCCGAGAACGCGGCGAGUGGCAUGAACAUAAAGGACAACAACAUGGAAAAGAAAAAGGAAGAGAGAGAUAUAAGGAAGGUGGUGAAGGGAGAGAGCGUAGCAAUGUGUUGGAAGAAAUCUUGUGCACUUUGAAGCUGCACGAGAACAUUGCUGACCCUUCACACGCCGACAUAUUCAACCCUAGAGCUGGUCGCGUACGCACCAUUAAUAGCUUGACCCUCCCCGUUCUCAAAUUGCUCCGUCUCAGCGCCCAAUGGGUUAAACUCUACAAGAGUGGUAUUUACGUGCCACACUGGAGCAUGAACGCAAACAGCGUGGCCUACGUGACGAGUGGAGGAGGGUGGGUUCAGGUGGUGAACUCCCAGGGAAAGUCGGUGUUCAGCGGCGCUGUUGGAAGGGGUCGAGUGGUGGUGGUGCCGCAGAACUUUGCGGUGGCGAUACAAGCCGGGAGGGAUGGGAUGGAGUACAUAGUUUUCAGAACAAACGACAGAGCCAUGAUGGGGACGCUGGUGGGGCCCACUUCGGCCAUCACUGCCAUCCCAGGAGAAGUGCUUGCGAAUGCUUUUGGGCUGAGCCCGGAGGAAGUGAGCGAGCUCAAGAAUAAUAGAAAGGAGGCUGUUUUGUCUAGCCCUGCUUCUCAUCACUCUCCAAAUCCCCUCAUUGUCACCAUGUAAUUAAUAAACUUAUGUUAAUGAUGUUUAUGUUAUAAAGAAACGCACUUUACUAUCAAA